AUGGCUCCCAACGCAGGCCUAGUCCACCUCAAAGAGUACGACAUCGAGGACAGCAACGUCGAGCUCAUCGGCUCCGACAUCGACCACCGCGUCAAGUACAACUCGGCGGCCACCGAGCCGGCCUGGAACGACGGCCAGGUCGGCCGGUCCCCGGGCCUCUACGUCUGGCGCAUCGAGGACUUCCAGGUCGUCCCCUGGCCCCGGGAGAAGCACGGCAGGUUCCACUCGGGCGACAGCUACAUCGUCCUGCACUCCGUCAAGGUCGGCAGCACCCAGGAGAAGCUCGUCCACGAUAUCUUCUUCUGGCUCGGCGCCCACACCACCCAGGAUGAGGCCGGCACCGCCGCCUACAAGACUGUCGAGCUGGACGAGUUCCUCCGGGGUGCCGCCACGCAGCACCGCGAGCUCCAGCGCUCGCCCUCGGACGACUUCCUCGCCCUGUUCCCCCGCAUCUCCAUCCUCUCAGGGGGCGUCAGCACCGGCUUCCGACACGUCGAGGACGAGGAGGAAGGAUCCAAGAAAGCAGAGACCAAGACCCUCCUCCGCGUGUUCAGCAACCCCUCGGGCGGCGCCGACGGCGUAAUCGUCCACGAGGUGGAGCCCACCUGGCGCAGCCUCGACGACGGCGACGUCUUCGUCCUCGACGCCGGCGACAAGAUCUGGGUCUGGCAGGGCAAGGACUCCAGCCCCUUCGAGAAGGCCAAGGCGUCCCAGGUCGCCCACGACAUGACGCAGGCCAAGCACGCCGACGUCGAGGUCGUCUCCCAGACCGAGUCUAGGGCUAGCCGCGUCCUUAGCCUGCUCGGCAGCGACGACGACGAGGCACCUAAAUCCGGCCUGAGAAACUCCCGCCCCGUCUCCCGCAGGUCGCCGCCGUCAGCAGCAGGCCAGGACAAGAAGCUCUUCCGCCUCAGCGACGCCUCGGGCGCCCUCUCCUUCGAGGUCGUCAGGCAGGGCCCCUCCCUGUCGGCGGACGACCUGGACGGCAACGACGUCUUCCUCGUCGACGACGCCGGGUCGGCAAUCUGGGUCUGGGAGGGUCAGCGCGCCAGCCGCGCCGAGAGGGCCAGCUGGCUCAACGUGGCGAGGUCGUACAUCCAGCACACCCAGAGCUCGCAGCCCGGCGCGUACACGAUCCCCCUGGCCAAGGUCGUCCAAGGGAACGAGAGCAGGUCUUUUCUCAGAGCACUAGAAGGGCAUUGA